AUGAAUGAAAUGCGUUUCAUUAACGACACCGUCGUCGUCGACCGCACCCACCGCACUCCUUUACUAGUUCUCCGCGCCGGUUUGCCUCGAUGCACGACAAGCUCUAUCCAAGCUGCACUUGAGUCUCAACAUAUCGGGCUGGCUCCCUGUAUGCACUUUGCACACAUUGCACCGAACGCCGAUCGCGGGGACAUUCUGUUGGCUGCCUUGCGCGAAAAUGACAAAGCACACCGUCACAAGCUACUCAAUGAAUUAUUUGACGGGUUUCAGGCGAGCACUGAUUUUCCUGGAUCAAUGCUCAUGGAUGAUCUCAUGGACAUGUAUCCGGACGCUAAGAUCGUACUGAAUAAGCGACCUGGCGGCGGCCACCGGUGGAGCAGUCUAUCAAGGUGCUCUCCUGGGGAGGCUCUCCUAUCUACCACGCUUAUUAUGGAGAGGUGCCAGAGCAAGCUGGGUCUAACCGCGGAUGAACUUUUGACAGCGAAGCACUAUGAUGCACAUAAUGCGUGGAUUCACGCUGAGGCAGCCAAACGCGGGCGUGAUGUCCUGGAAUUUGAGCCCCAAGAUGGAUGGGAGACUUUGUGCGCGUUUUGGGCGAGAGGCACCAACCGACGAGCCGUUUCUCGCCGCAAUGAUGCUUCAGAGGUCCGCAUGAUCAAGCGGAUACUGGGGAUAGCCGAGGUGCCUUAA